UACGAGUGGACGCGCCCGUCCACAAACUGCGCCAUGACCGUCUCGGGCAAGACGCCGCUGCGCAUGACGGGCGUGUCAAAGCAGGAGUGGGGCGGCACCAACCCGGACAAGCCCAACCAGUGGGCCAUCGCCGAGACGGGCCUCGGAAAGACCAAGACCACGGACGGCGAGCCGAAGUGGGACAAGUCGACCCUGCCGCUCGGCAGCGACCGCGCGUCGACGCUCAUCUUCCUCGAGGCGGAGUUCAAGGCGGCGCUCGACGCGCUCGACGGCGUCGCCGUGCGCGAAAGCGGCGUCGCCUCGCGCAACGGCUCGCCGCUCCCCGAGUCGAUCUCCGCAAAAGUGUACCACGUCAUGGCGGACCAGGUGGUGAUGGGUCCGCAGCGCGAGGCGGGCCUCUCGUACGUCGACUCCCUCUACUGGGGCAAGGGCGACAACGUCUUCUUCGCCGAGGACUCGAACGCGCCUGGCGGCUACAACAUCGCCGGCAUCUACAACCUCGAAACGCGCAAGACGGUCACCAUCGCCGGAGCCAUCGGCGACGACAACGUCAAGUUCAACAACGUGGCCAACGUGCCGGCCGGCUCGAUCCACCGGCGCUCCGACCAAGAGCUGACCGGCUGGUUCGACGCGUCGGCCUCGCUCACCUGCGACGUGGACGCCUCCACCGGCACGUGCUCGCCCCAAGAGAUGUACGACACGCAGACCUCCAAGCACAUGAUCCUCAACAACCAGAUGAAGGGCUACGGCGAGGGCUGCAUGGACUACGGGUUCUACUACACGGCGCAAAUGAUGUACAUCGCCAUCCCCGAGUUCGACUGGGCGACGACCACCCUCGCCGCGCCGACGCCGGAAGGCUCGCGCCGCCGCAAGCUCGAGCUCGCCGAGAAGAAGAAGUUUGAGAAGCAGCCGCGCCGCCGCAAGCUCUUUGAGGAGUGCACCGAAGACCUGGAGGGCGCGUGGACCGACGACGACGAGUUCCAGGAGUGCCAGCUUCACUAGGCUGCGCUGCCCGACCGCCCCCGCGCUUCCUGCCGCGUCCGAGAGUCGCAAGCACACGCGCCUCUGUCGCUCGCGCUUCUCUGGAGAGCGCGCGCAGAGGCUCGCCUCGAUGACGCGGCGUGGAGAUAGUGCCCCAGCCCCCCCUAGCUUGGGGGCGAGUGCCCCUAGGAGUGCCCGUGCCGUUCCCGAUUUGGAGCAUGCGGUUCGCCGCUUCCGCUCUCUGCUGGGAUAGUGUUCGUCGAGCCGCUUUUGCCCGCAUCGCCGCGUGUCCCCCCUCCCCCGGCCUGGAGCAUGCUCUUGAGAUGUCCGCCUCUGCUCUCCGCCUGUGCGCGGCGCCCUUUCUGUAGAGUACACGUGUCACAGUUUUUUCCAUAACGGGAGAUAACGGACACACGUUUG